GCUUAAUUGCGAGUUCUGUGAUGACGGCGGUAUAUAUCAGCUCUCGCCAAGAACACCUCAGCAAAUCCAAAGAUUGGUCUAAAUCACAGUGAUCCUAAACGCCAUUCGACGCGACACUGAACGCGUUAAAAGCGCCAUGCGCGUGCAUGACGUCAACUCCCCAAAGACUAUGACGACUACACCCAUCCUCUCAACUUCCCAAAAACCCCCCUUAAGAUCACCAUCUCCUCCAAACCCAACCGUAGCUCCAUCCCAACUCCCAAACACCGCCAACACCCCCCCAAAACCAAAAAAUGUCCACCAAAUCCCCCGCCACAAACCCGACUAUCACCCCGGACCCAAAAAACACAGGCUCCACAAUCCGCAAAGCCUUCCUCACCGAAGCAAUCGCAAACCUCUUCACCAUCCCCUUGAUAACAAACACGCACCUCGUCCUCUCCUUCCUGCUCGCCCACCCCGCCCGCGACACAACCCCCUCAACAGUCCUCUUCGCGCGCCUCUUCGGCGGCAUCGUCGUUGGCGGGUUGACGUCCGCGCUCUUAUCCGGGUACUCCAACACGCGGAAUGGGAUUGAGAGUCGGCGGCCGACGUACUUGAUGCUGGGGAUUGGCGAGGCGAUGUUGAUUCCGAUUUUGGUGCUUGAGGCGCUGAAGGGGGGUGCGGCGGGGGCGGCGUUGACGCCGAGGGUUGCGUGGGGGAGUGUUGGGUUGCUUGCUCCGCCGUUGGUGUGGAGAUUGUAUGUUUUGCUUGUUAGGCCGGAUUUGUUGGGGAGGUAUACGGAUGGGGAGGGGAAGAAGGGGGGAGUGGAUGGGGGGAGUGGGACGACUUAUGGCUCGUUGUAG